AUGUCUGGCUUGGAAUCAGGUUCAGGUUCUCGCUAUGUCCAUCAACUACUCGGACCAGAACUGCAGCUCCAAAGAUCAUCCCAACCCUAUCUCAACGUAUCUCAACUCACGGAUUCCAAACUGUCACCAGAGAAAGAAGAAAGCACUGAUGCUGAUGCUGAUGCUGCCACCACCAGCUCAGGCGCGGGAACCACUCCAGGGCGCAGGCCUCGAGGACGUCCAGCAGGCUCAAAGAACAGGCCCAAGCCACCAAUAAUCAUUACUCGCGAUAGUCCAAAUGCGCUGAGAUCCCAUGUACUUGAAAUUACUUCUGGUUCGGACAUAGUUGAUUCAGUAUCAAACUAUGCAAGGCGCCGUGGGCGGGGUGUUUGUGUACUCAGUGGGACUGGGGCCGUUACAAAUGUGACAUUGCGGCAACCAGCUGCUCCAGCCGGAAGCGUCGUAACACUACAUGGGCGGUUUGAAAUUCUAUCUCUAACUGGGACUUCGCUUCCGCCACCAGCGCCUCCUGGAGCUGGGGGCUUGACUAUUUAUCUAGCCGGUGGUCAGGGUCAAGUAGUCGGAGGGAGCGUGGCGGGUCCAUUGAUAGCUUCAGGUCCAGUUGUACUAAUGGCUGCAUCCUUUGCUAAUGCUGUCUAUGAUAGGUUACCUGUUGAGGAGGAAGAGCCACCAGUGCAGGUGCAACCAGCAGCUUCACAGUCGUCUGGAGUGACUGGGAGUGGUGGAGGGCAGUUGGGUGAUGGAGGCAGUGGCGGAAACAAUGGUGGCGCUGGAAGUGGCGCUAGUGGAACCGGUGGUGGAGGUGUUCCUUUCUAUAAUUUGGGAGCCAACAUGGGAAGUUAUCCUUUUCCAGGUGAUGUAUUCGGCUGGAGUGGUAGUGCAACAAGGCCUUCCUUCUAGUCAAUCAUUAUGUAGUACAUCUUAUAAUUUCUAGAAUCAAGAAUAUUCUGCAAUGUUUAUAAGCUUUGGAUUAGUUUUCCAUCAUUGGGUUAUUGAUGUGAUGAAGACAAGUCAUGCGGGGUAUCUCAAUUUUGGCCCUCUUUUCAAGUUGAGGAAGAAGAAGAAGAAGAAACUAAGCGUGGUAUCCAUGGUGUUGCUAUUCAAGAAUGACGUCUGUAAUUAGUUUAAUUAUGAACGGGAAUUGUAUUCCAUCAGGAAAGAUCAUCAAGAAGCGAAAUCGAUGGGAAAAAUUGCUGCAAAACGAUGAAUCUCGCUUGAAGCUUGAAGAAGAAUGAUUAAUCAGUAAGUCUAGAUUCGUGUAAAAAACAUUCUGACAGCAUUUCCUUUUGUCUUUCUU